GGCUCAGUGACGCUGCGGCCACCUCCAGCCCCGGUCCGAACGCUCCGGGCGGGGGUGGGGGUUGCGAUCGUGCAAUAGGAAGCCAAGGGCGUUGCAAGCUUCCCGUCCCGCACGGGCGCCCUUGUUUCACGCCCUGCCCGGUGCAUUCCCUCGACACCUCCGGGAUCCCCACCUGUGGCCCCCGGGGCGUCUUUCCCGCGUCGGCCAUGCCUCUAAACCGCACUUUGUCUGUGUCCUCACUGCCAGGACUGGAGGAAUGGGAGGAUGAAUUCGACCUGGAGAACACAGUGCUCUUCGAGGUGGCCUGGGAGGUGGCCAACAAGGUGGGUGGCAUCUACACGGUGCUGCAGACGAAGGCGAAGGUGACAGGGGAUGAGUGGGGCGACAACUACUACCUCGUGGGACCCUACACGGAGCAGGGCGUGAGGACCCAGGUGGAAGUGCUCGAGCCCCCCACCCCGGCCCUGAAGAGGACGCUGGACUCCAUGAACAGCAAGGGCUGCAAGGUGUAUUUCGGGCGCUGGCUCAUCGAGGGGAGCCCCCUGGUGGUGCUCCUGGACGUGGGGGCCUCCGCCUGGGCCCUGGAGCGCUGGAAGGGGGAACUCUGGGACACCUGCAACAUCGGGGUGCCCUGGUACGACCGUGAGGCCAACGACGCUGUCCUUUUUGGCUUCCUCACCACCUGGUUCCUGGGUGAGUUCCUGGCCCAGAAUGAGGAGAAGCCACAUGUGGUUGCACACUUCCACGAGUGGCUAGCGGGCAUUGGGCUCUGCCUGUGCCGGGCCCGUCGGCUGCCCGUGGCUACCAUCUUCACCACCCAUGCCACGCUGUUGGGGCGGUACCUGUGUGCCGGUGCUGUGGACUUCUACAACAACUUGGAGAGGUUCAAUGUGGACAAGGAAGCAGGUGAGAGGCAAAUCUAUCACCGCUACUGCAUGGAGCGGGCGGCGGCCCACUGUGCUCACGUCUUCACCACUGUGUCCCAGAUCACCGCCAUUGAGGCUCAGCACCUACUCAAGCGGAAACCAGAUAUCGUGACCCCCAAUGGACUGAAUGUGAAGAAGUUCUCAGCCAUGCAUGAGUUCCAGAAUCUCCACGCUCAGAGCAAGGCCCGAAUCCAGGAAUUUGUACGGGGCCAUUUUUAUGGGCACCUGGAUUUCAACUUGGACAAGACCUUGUACUUCUUCAUCGCCGGCCGCUAUGAGUUCUCUAACAAGGGUGCCGACGUCUUCCUGGAGGCCUUGGCCCGGCUCAACUAUCUGCUCAGAGUGAAUGGCAGCGAGCAGACAGUGGUCGCCUUCUUCAUCAUGCCAGCUCGGACCAACAAUUUCAACGUGGAAACCCUCAAGGGCCAGGCCGUGCGCAAGCAGCUGUGGGAUACAGCCAACACAGUGAAGGAGAAGUUCGGGAGGAAGCUCUAUGAGUCCUUGCUGGUGGGGAGCCUCCCAGACAUGAAUAAGAUGCUGGACAAGGAGGACUUCACUAUGAUGAAGAGAGCCAUCUUUGCUACGCAGCGGCAGUCUUUCCCCCCUGUGUGCACCCACAAUAUGCUGGAUGACUCCUCGGACCCCAUCCUGACCACCAUUCGCCGAAUUGGCCUCUUCAACAGCAGUGCUGACAGGGUCAAGGUGAUUUUUCAUCCGGAGUUCCUCUCUUCCACGAGCCCCCUGCUCCCCGUGGACUAUGAGGAGUUUGUCCGAGGCUGCCACCUUGGGGUCUUCCCCUCCUAUUAUGAGCCUUGGGGUUACACACCGGCCGAGUGCACCGUCAUGGGCAUCCCCAGUAUCUCCACCAACCUCUCUGGCUUCGGCUGUUUCAUGGAGGAGCACAUCGCAGAGCCCUCCUCUUACGGCAUCUACAUUCUGGACCGGCGCUUUCGCAGCCUGGAUGAUUCCUGCUCGCAGCUCACCUCCUUCCUCUACAGCUUCUGUCAGCAGAGCCGGAGGCAGCGCAUCAUCCAGAGGAAUCGCACGGAGCGCCUCUCCGACCUUCUGGAUUGGAAAUACCUAGGCCGGUACUACAUGUCUGCACGCCACAUGGCCCUGGCCAAGGCCUUUCCCGAGCAUUUCACCUACGAGCCCCAUAAGGCUGAUGCGGCCCAGGGCUACCGCUACCCACGGCCGGCCUCGGUGCCGCCUUCGCCCUCCCUGUCACGACACUCCAGCCCGCACCACAGUGAGGAUGAGGAGGAACUCCGCGAUGGGCCCAAGGAAGAUGGCGAGCGUUAUGACGAGGAGGAAGAAGCCGCCAAGGACCGGCGCAACAUCCGAGCUCCCGAGUGGCCUCGCCGAGCUUCCUGUGCCUCUUCCACGGGCGGGAGCAAACGUGGCUCUGUGGACACAGCGCCCUCUAGUUCACUCAGCACCCCCAGUGAGCCCCUCAGCCCCGCCAGCUCCCUGGGCGAGGAGCGCAACUAAGCAGCCCUCCUCACACUCCUGCCCGCUCUGCCUUCAGAGGCAGAACAGGCACUAUUUCUAAACCCCACUCCAAAUCCUGAACCCUCUGUGGGUCCACAGCCCUACCCACUCCCUCAUACACUCCAUCCUCUCUGGCUCUGAUCUUGAAUCCCGAACACUCCAGAAUCACAACACUGUGCCUUUCUUGGGUUCCAGAAUGCAUCAUCUGUGCCCUGGAGUCCCCUAGAUCUGGCCCUGGUCCCAUAGGCCAGGAAUCUGCCAUAACCCUACCUUGGUGCCAGAGGAAACCUGGCCUGUUGCCUUCCAGGCCUGGCUUUCUAGAGCCUUCUGUGGUUUGCAAAAUCAUUUACAUUGUUACAAAGCAUGCUCAGGUCUGGCCUGGUGUCCUUACUAAUAGGACCAUCAAGUCUAGAGCUGGGCCACUUUCAGGAACUUCCGUUAACUGCAGAAGGUCCUCUAUUUCAAUUCUAGAAGUCAGGCCCCAGGAAAGGGUACUUGUGUUUAACUCUGGCCAAGCCCGUCCUGGGGUGUCUGGCUCUGCCUGGAGGAGCCCUCCACCCUUGACCCCUCUUCCUCCAAGCAAGGGGUGGCACAACCACUUGGUUUCUCAUUCCUACCGAACAGCUUGCAGUCUUGGUCUAGAUGCCUUUCUGGAUCAGACCUACUCCUUUCAAUCAAGCCUGUGCUCUCCUGUGACUCUAGACUCUGUGCCCUCCAGACAAUCCUCCUGAGCACAGAACUGGCUGUCUCUCACCCACAACCCACAACUUCUAGGCCCACCAUGAAACCACUGGUUCUAGGUUCCGACAGUUGAGUCUAGAACCUCUCACCACUGUGCUGCAUCCUGGUCCCUUUCCCUUGGUCUAGAACUGGGCCCACUGUGUUCUAGAACCUCCAGAUUUACCUCGAGGCUCUUCCAUCCCCAAGCUGUGCCCUGCCCCCAGCUUUAGUGAAAAGGAGGGGCCUCUCCGUGUGCUGUGCCGUAUCUGAUGCACUUGUGUUUGCAGUUGGGGGGUGGGGGCAGAAGGAGUGUGAUGGAAGUGUGUCCAGAGAUGAAAAAAUACAUCUAUAUUUAAGAGUCCCAGGUCUGGUCCGAUAUUAGGGCUUGAUGGGUUUGUCUCAGGGCCCCUCUCUCCUUUGUUCUUUCUCUUUACCGUCUCUCGAAUUCCCCCUGCUACUCUCUGGGCCCCUGAUCCCUUGUCUCAUUCUGUGGUCUUGGAGACACUUGGAUUGUUAUCCUGGACUCUGGUAUUCUUUUAAUGGAAGACACCUUUGUCUUGUGUACUUGUGACUUGACUUGCAGCGGCAAAGAAGUGACUCAAGAAGGGGGUCUGGGUCAGUAGA